CACGUCUCCCCCAACCUCUUCGCCUGAACACCACCAUUUUUACAACCGAUCGAUCGCGAUUAGUUCGAUCUCGACCUUCCUGCAAUGGCAAAGGCCACCAUCCUUCUCUUCCUGGUGCUCGCUGCCGCCACCGCAGCCAUGGCGGCCACCAGCGCAAGCACGGCUCCGGUCGGGAUAAGGAAAAGCCGGUUUCUCAUGACGCAGCAGGGGCAGGGUGCCGAUCCCUACUACUACUACAGCUGCUCCAAGAAGUCGGCCGCCGCCGUCUGCCUCGCGGCGGGGAGCCCCGGCGCGACGUGCUGCGGCGGGCGGUGCGUGGACACCGGCGCCAGCGGUGAACACUGCGGCGGCUGCAACAAGGCGUGCAAGCACGGGCGGAGCUGCUGCGGCGGGCGGUGCGUGGACCUGCUGUCCGACAGGGACAACUGCGGCAGCUGCUCCAACCAGUGCAGCAACAAGUGCACAUACGGCUUCUGCGACUACGCCAUUUGACAACGACAUGCAUGCAUACUCGAGGAGAUCAAGCUGUGUGUGAUUAUUAAGAGUUCAAGACAUGCGCUGUGUUGCGCACAGCCUACACUGCAUCGUAUACGCUGGAGGAAAAUGUAUCACGUAAACACCACAAAAUAUAUAUUGUCACGAGAAGUGUCCACCGUUAAUAUA